CUCCCUCCCUCCCUCAUCCGUGCACCUCCCUUUUUUUUUUUUUUUCUCCCUUUCAACCUCCCUUGAACCUCGCAAGUAGGAUAAAAAACAACAUCUUAAAACUCACUUCAAGCUCGAUGAAGUUCGGGGACUGGUAUGCUAAGAUCGCGGUGGUGUCUGCCUUGUGUGGAGCUUCAAUGGAGUUAUUCAUGAUUCAUACUGGUUUCUAUGAUAAGGUCACUGUCCUAGAGGCUGAGAAGCGGGCUUGGGAAGCCUCACCUGAGGCUCAAGCUGCAAAAGAGGGCCUUAAUCCGUGGAGAAAGCAUGAUAAUGGCGCACAGAGGGGCUCAUAGCAUUGGAAUCUUUUUAAUAUGCGCAUUUCCUUUUGAUGGGAUCAUGGAGGGUGGGAAUCAUAUUGUAGAUUUUACAUUUUUAUGCGGAAGUGAAAAUGUUUAUUUAAAUUUGGCCAAGCAAUGGGCAUGCAAAAAGCUUGUUACUAUUAACUUGUGAGAACUUCAUGGUGGAGGUAAAAAUCACAGAAUAACCGGAGUAAAUUUUAUAUGCUGGUUUUGAUGG